GAAGAGAAGAAGCAGUUGCUGAAGGAGUUGGUGUUCUUGGAAGCUCGAGUGGCUUUGUUGCGUCAAGAGGCGGGGAUUCCAGACCCUAAGGAUGUGGCACCAACAGAGCAUCAAGUUGAGGAGAACCGGCAGCUGAAAGAUAUGAUCCAAGUGCAGCAGAACGCGAUGGCCGUUGCUCAGUCGGUGCUCGCGGAGUUUUCGACGCUGCGCGGGUAUAACCCGUUGAAGACUUUCAUCCAGUUGAGCAAGGACCCAGUCACGCGGCGGUCAGAGGUUUGUGCACUGAAACAUGAUCAGUUAGAGCGGGCGAAGCAGUUUCUGAAGCAAAGGAUGCAUCUGGUGACGAAUCCCAAUCGACCUUUCCACAAGGAGGCUGGGUAUCUGACGGACGAGGGCCACUACAUUGCUACGAAGUUGGAUGUGCAUCAGUUUGUCGGUGUCAAGAGCGUCAAACAAGUGUUUGAUGCGUUGGACAACAGUACGAAUCCUAUGCUGCACCAUCGACUGGUGACAAUGCUCUCGAAUGGGCUGAUAGUCGAGAAAAACGCCAUCAAGUUCUUCCAGUUCUUUGACGACGAAGAAGAGGAAGGACCUUACGAUAUCAUGGCUGCAUCACCUGUCGACGAGGACGAGUUGUAUCCAUACCAUGAAAUAUCCGACCUCCGACCUUUCCGACUAAAUGGUGUGACACACACACUUCAUGUAAGUAGGUAA